CAUCGCUGUCAGUGGAAAUAUAAACAUAAACGCAUGUUUAUUGUGUUUCAAGUUGCUUGCUGCCUCGGUUACUAUACAGAUUGUUCUAAAGCCUUUAUUUGUCGAAAUGUAUCUCAUGUACGAUUUAAACGAAAGCGGGGAACGUGUGUACACAUUGAAGAAACAUAACCCCGAAGGUAAACCAACCCAAUCUGCUCAUCCUGCCAGAUUUUCCCCGGAAGACAAAUAUUCACGGCAGCGAGUUAUCAUCAAGAAACGAUUUGGAUUACUUCUAACGCAACGGCCAGAACCAGUAUACUAGUAUCUAGAAUUCAAUAUUAGAAUUAAACCCCAGAAAUAAUCAUGUGAUUCGAUUCAACUA